AUGAAUUUACGAAUGGCCCACUUUCCAGUUAUCAUUUCGAGUGUCAUUUCAGCAGCAGGAAUCGUUUUUCUAAAUAUUUUUGGUUUGGCAAUAUUUGGUGUAAACAGUGUCCAUGAUUAUCGGAAAGGCAAUCGUGCACGUCAGUUGAGUACAGUCAAAUUUGAACUUUUUACACUUCCAUUUAGUGUGUUCUUGUAUUUUCGACUCAUCCAACUUGCGAAGUAUGUGCUAACAUUUAAUACUAAUGGUCUUAUAAUGGAUCAUACAACAAAGAAUAUAUCACUGAAUAUAAAAAAUUUACCCGAUGAUGCAAAAGGUGUUCGAUUUGCUCUCAUAUCGGAUAUCCAUGCAGGUCCAACAGUAUUCAAGGAACAACUAGAAGAAGUUGUGAAUCGAGUGAACAGUCAGGCAGUUGACGCUGUAUUUGUUGUUGGUGAUGUUGUAGAUGCUCCAAGAGAUUCCAUAGAAAAUCAUGUGAGACCGCUGCGGUUUUUGAAGCCGAGAACAUUUUAUGUAAGUGGGAAUCACGAGUACUAUUAUGGUAAUCCUUCGGAGUGGUUUGAUUUAUUUCAACAGUAUGGAUUUGAAGUCUUAAAUAACAGGCAUGUGCUUUUUCGUGGUAUUUGUGUGGCUGGUGUGAGUGAUUAUUCGAGUGGACAAAGCGGAUUGCCUGAUCAUUUCUUUCAACCGGUAGAAGCACUAAAAGAUUGUCCUAAGAAUAGUACAACCAUCGUACUUUCGCAUAAUCCAGCUUCGGCCAAAGAAAUUGCUUUUAAUGAUGCGCAUUUACGUGUUGACCUCAUUUUGUCAGGACAUACACAUGCAGGACAGUUCUAUACGGUUGCGCCGAUUGCUUAUUGGAUGCUACCCUAUUAUUAUGGGUUAUAUCAGAUCUCACCAGAAACGCAGUUAUUUGUUACAGCUGGUACAUUUUACCAAGGAGCACCUAUGAAAAUGAUUUGGACAUCCGAAAUUUGGAUUAUUGAACUGAACCUAGCUUCUUAA